AUGGAUACAAUCCCAAUUUCCUGGGGAACUGUCAAAUCACUCCUUAUAUUUUUCGCUCCCGUCCUACUCCCACGUCUAAUUACUGCCUAUCGAAGUCUCCGUGUAUCAAUCGCGAGUCGGCCACCACCACGCCCUCUGCCUGCCGCGCCCGGUCGAGCGCUAAAUAUCUUAUUCGGUGGCAUAGUCUUGUUUCUACUCCUCAGCCUACCUUUUAACCCUCACGCGCCCGAACCCAACAUCUUCUCUCAGACUCGCUCUCGUCUAAACACCCCUACCGAUGUCAUCUUCAACCGUCUCGCCCGGCUUCGGCCAAAUAACGUCCUCACCGAAGCCGACAACCUCCUCCAGUCCAAGUUCACCUCUCUCGGUGCCCGCAAGGUAUACCUGACCUAUGGCCCCGAUGCCUUAGUCUCAUGCCAAUACUGCUCCUUCGAUAACCUCAACACAUAUCUUAUGUACUACCUCCCAUUCCACGUGUUGCUACCGCACCUAGCCCACCUGCUGCUCUUAGGCGUGGCCACAUCUGCGCCCAUCGCAGGGCGCGAGGCCACCCGCUGGCGUACGAAGUUUACACUAGCCGGACUUAUCCUUGCGGCCAUCGACAUCUACGUCAUGGCUACCUACGACGCGCUCCAAAGUGCAACGCGCUCUGUGCGCGCGGGUCAGACACCGCCCUCCGGAAUCUACCACCAUAUCACGCUCCUACGACCGCUAACCUUCGUGAUCUGCGACGUGAUCUGCUCUGUUGUACUCUGGCUCUCCGCGACUAAUCGGUUCUUUUUCAAGCCGCCCUCAGCAGUUGAGCAGGUUGAUGAGGCGGUGUCGAUGGCCGUGCAGACCCUCAUGGGCGCAAACACGAAACUCCAUGCUGCGAGCGUUACUCGUAAUGCGGUUGUUCGGGAUUCAGGGUUGAAAAAUCGAGAUGAUUUGUAUUGGCGGACUAUGGUGGCUUCCGAGAACCCCACUCAGCCUGGAGAAGGUGGGGAGCAGAUCCUCAACAAUAUUUGGGAAGAGGAAGAAGUUGCUAAGGCUAUGUCACGGGUAAUGGCUGGACAGGGUGGAAUUGAUUUGGCUCAAUUGGGGGUUAAUGCCAAUGAUUUUGUGCAAAAGGUAACGGAGGGUUUAUGA